GUUUCAUUUGGACGCGGUUAGCCGAAGCGGUAACGCGUCAAUAACAAAUCGUCUCUGUCAGUUGUCGCGCAAGAAAAACAAUUUCUAAUAUCUGUAGUGUUGAAGGAAUUUAGUUUUUUUCUUUGUGAUGUUUCGUUAGUGGUGGUUAAAAUUUUUCAAAAAGGAAAAAAUAUUAUAGAAAAUGGCUACAGAACCAGAUACGGAUCAUACAAGCCAUAAUCCCAAUCCACACAGUGAUAGUACUCCAUCAGCAAGAAAGGUCAGUAUUGUGGAACGUGGUUAUGAAAAUCAUGCUUUCGAAUCUCCAGCGAGAAGCAGAAAAGUCUCGGCAGCAUCGGAGCAUGCUGAAGUGGGCCCAGUAAGGAAAAAAAGCAUUUUACAUUACCACCAUGUCACCAACGCUUUUGAACAGGACGCAGUUAAAACAAAUAAUGACAGGCAGUACACUAACGGGGACACGGUCAGAGACAAGAAGCAUUCUACUACUGAGUCAGUAUAUUCCAAAGGAUCCACGUAUUCCAGAUCGGCUAGAUAUGAAGACAGCAAUGCGGGUGAUCGAUCGUGGUGGUACUCGUUCUGUGUCAAAUGCCGCUCUGAAGCAUCCGAACCAUCAUGGCAACCAUCGGUGUGGCCCAAAUUAUGUCCUUAUCCAUUUUGUCCCACAUAUCGUCAAAUAUCCAGGAUAUUAGCAGUAGGUUUAAUAGGUCUUCUGGCUUGGUGUGUCUUAUAUUCGAUAGUGGGAGCUACAGCAGCCCCACCGAACGGCGUGUUGUAUCAACUGAUCCUGCUGAGUAUUUGCGCGCACAUCGGUGGUUGGUUGAUGACUCUCACGACGUUGCCAGCUCUCAUAGGAAUGCUAUUUACCGGGCUGUUGUUCCAGAAUGUGGGGAUAGUGGAUAUCAAUGAGAGUUUUUCGGAAAUAACUAAGGAGCUAAGGCAUGUAGCACUGGUUAUUAUCCUUAUCAGGGCCGGAUUGGACUUGGAUCCUCAAGCCCUAAAACGCCUCAGGUUUACAUUGGUGAAAAUAGGUUUGAUUCCAUGGACUUGCGAGGCGAUUAUCAGUGCUGUCCUUUCCAAAUUCUUCCUGGAUAUCCCAUGGAACUACGCUAUUUUGUUGGGGUCUAUCGUGGCUGCGGUGUCUCCGGCUGUAGUAGUCCCUUGCUUGUUUAAAUUGCGUACCAAGGGUUACGGUGUUGCCAAAGGCAUCCCUACACUCAUUAUCGCCACCGCAGGUAUCGACGAUGCCAUAUCUGUGGCUAUCUUCGGUAUAGUCAAAAGCAUAAUGUUCUCUAGUGCUUCCGUAACACAGUUGAUUCUACAAGGACCUGUAUCCAUCUUGGGUGGCAUUGGUUUUGGAGUUUUAUGGGGCGUAGUGUGUAACUAUAUUCCAGAGAAACAUGAUCCGUUUAUGGUACCACUCCGGAUCCUUCUCCUUCUAGUUGGUGGUACCGUUUCAGUCUUUGGCAGCGAACUCAUAGGCUACGGAGGCGCAGGCCCUCUAGCCUGCGUAGCGGCCGCUUUCACCUGUCUAGUUUCCUGGUCCAGGCAGGGCUGGGACAUAGAGGACAACCCUGCUGCCACUGCGUUCGAGAUUUUUUGGAUGAUCUUCGAGCCAAUCCUCUUCGGUAUCACCGGAGCUCAAAUCAAGUUCAGCGAGCUGGACGGAACCGUGGUUUCGAUAGGUGCUGGAGUGCUGAUUGCUGCCAUAGUGCUGAGGAUAUUGAUCACGAUAGUGGUGGGGAUUGGGUGCAAGCUGAACCUGAAGGAGAAGGUGUUUAUCGCGUUUUCGUUGAUGUCCAAGGCUACAGUACAGGCUGCCUUAGCUCCAGUAGCCAUGGGCGUCAUCUCGGACCACACCUCAAAAGAGUACGGCUACGCAGAAAAAGUCUGCAUGGUCUGCAUCCUCUCCAUAAUGCUCACCGCUCCCACCGGAGCCAUACUCAUCACCCUUUCCGGUCCCAGAUUGCUGACCAAAACCAAAACGCCACAGAUCACAGAUGGUUGGAGACGAUCACAUCGGCCUUCCAUCAGAGACAUCAGUAUCAUUGAUGAAGAGGAAGAAAGAGGUGACAUUGAAAGUACUAUAACUAAUUCGCCUAUUAAGAAUAUCAUUUCUGAUGAUAUUAAAGGCAUAGAUGUCAAAACAAAGCUUUAGGAAGCUAAAAGUAAUGUAAAAUGAUUGAAAUAGAUGGAAUCUAUUGUGAUUUUUAUCAUUUGGUUAGUAAUAAAUUUAAGAAAUUCGAAUAUUUUUCGGCUGUUAUCACUAGCCUCAAAACAAACCAAAAAGUAAAUAGUAUGAUUAUUUUUUUAAUGAUAUUUAAAUUAGUUUUCCAUAUUGGUGAAACUAAUCAAAACGAGAAUUAAUUCUAAUUUAAUUAUUGGACAAGUAUCUCGAAAUAAAUAAAAAAUAUAAACGAAAAUUUUUUGGUCCAUAAUUUGUUUUAGCAUUGGUAUCAAUCACUAAUUCUAAAAUGCCCUAACACUGUAUUGCCAACUAUUUCAAUCACUGAGCAUUUAUUUGGCUCCCAUGGAGCUACAUUCCUGUGUUAAAAUUUGCUUACAAUGGUAAAUAAUCAUAAUUAUAAAGUUAAAAUUUCAUUUAAAGUAAGUUUUAAUCACAACUUUUUGGUUAUUUUAUUAUCUGCAAUUAUUAAAAGUUUUAUCUUUAAUAAUUUUAUUAUCAAAAAGUUGUAUUGAAUAUGUAAUAAUCUAUUGUCACAAAUGUCAAGCCAAAACUUACUAUAAUUCGUGCUUAAACUAUAUUCUUCAGUUGAUAUGAUUAUUUAGAAACUUUAAUAAUGCUUAAAAAACUCUACCUAUAUUGCAAGCUAUACAUGAAGCAAACUAUUUCCUAUAAUACUAUAUUUAUCAGUAUUAAAAGGUAUACUGCUUUUAUAGUUUGUACCUUCAUAAACACCAAUAUACUGUGAUUAUAAAUAAAUAAAAAAAUACUAGAAUUAGUUUCUCGAAAGUAUUGAAAAUAAAUUAUUCCUAUAAUUAUUAGAAAAAUAAGAUAUUAAAUUCUACCGUUAGAGUGGUAUAAUAUGAUUUAUAACCUAAUAUACCUAUAUUAUUUAAAUAAUAUUAUGAAAGAAU